UGUGUUGUGUAAGGUUCCACUCUGAGGAAGCAGACAAACAUUGAACUGCUUCUUGCAACCUAGUUAACAGAAAGAAUGGACUUUUAUUGGUUGGGGGUUCUUUUUUUCAAAAAGUUAUUCAAACUGUGGUCAGACAUUUGACUUUGUGAACCUAAAAACCUUAAGGAAAUUCAUUUUAUUCCCUGUCCUGGGGCAAAAGCCUAAGGGGCUAAAUGACACCAACUGACAUUUGGUUAAGUCCCUCCAGGACUGGCAGGGAUCACUUAUAAUGGGGAGCCAGAGAGGGACAAGCCCCAGAUUAGUCCAGGAGACACUCACUGGUGAAGCAAGGGAGAGGCACUGAGUAACACCCAUAACCCGCCGCACAGCAGGUGAGCCGCGUGUCAAGACGGAGCAGGGGCGGGAGCAGGAUGUGAGCAGAAUCAUCCAAGCUCUAAACGAGUGCCUUGCUGCCCUUCCUCAGCAGUUGCUCCAGGAAGUCUGUGGCAUUGGAGUAUCAGGACAGAUGCAUGGAGUCAUGUUUUGGAAAACAGGCCAAGGCUGUGAAUGGACAGAAGGAGGGGUCUCCCCUGUGUUUGAGCCCAGAGCUGUGAGCCACCUGGUCACGUGGCAGGAUGGCCGUUGUAGCAGCGAGUUCCUGGCUUCUUUGCCCCAGCCAGAGUCCCAUCUCAACGUGGCCUCAGGAUUUGGCUGUGCAACCAUCUUCUGGCUUUUGAAGAAUAGCCCGGAGUUCCUGAAGUCCUAUGAUGCAGCGGGCACCAUCCAUGACUUUGUGGUUGCCAUGCUGUGUGGCUUGCCAAGAUCCCUGAUGUGCGACCAGAAUGCUGCCAGCUGGGGAUAUUUCAACACUCAGGGCCAAAGCUGGAACUCGGAGAUAUUGAGGACCUCGGGGUUUCCCGUCCACCUGCUCCCAGACAUCGCUGAGGCGGGCAGCGUGGCGGGCAGAACUUCCCGUGCCUGGUUUGGAAUCCCAAAGGGGACGCAGGUGGGCGUGGCCUUGGGGGAUUUACAAGCCUCCGUCUAUUCCUGUAUGGCCCGAAGGACAGAUGCAGUUCUCAACAUCAGCACCUCUGUCCAGUUGGCAACGUCCAUGCCUCCAGGGUUCCGGCCGGCACAGACUCCGGACCCAGCAGCUCCAGUCACCUACUUCCCGUACUUUGACAGGACCUACCUGGCGGUGGCAGCGUCACUGAAUGGGGGCAAUGUGCUGGCCACAUUUGUCCACAUGCUGGUACAGUGGAUGGCCGAUCUAGGUCUGGAGGUCGAAGAAUCCACUGUGUAUUCACGCAUGAUCCAGGCAGCUGCACAGCAGAGGGACACCUGUCUAGCCAUCACUCCAACGGUGUUGGGCGAGAGGCACCUGCCGGACCAGCUGGCCUCAGUGACCAGAAUCUCCUCCUCUGAGCUCUCCCUGGGUCACGUGACCCGGGCCAUGUGCCGAGGCAUUGUUCAAAACCUGCACUCCAUGCUUCCAUUUCAACAGCUCAAGGAGUGGGGUGUGGAGCAGGUGAUUGGCAGUGGGAGUGCGCUGUCCAGGAACGAAGUCCUGAAGCAGGAGGUGCAGAGGGCUUUCCCUUUCCCAGUGUCCUUUGGGCAGGAUGUGGACGCAGCUGUGGGGGCAGCUCUGGUCAUGCUCCAGAGAAACCUUAACCAGAGGGAGUCUUAGGACAUUCUUUGGCCAACGGACUUGCAAAUUUUUAUCUAAUUAACAAUUCUCACAUGACCCUGGGGUCAUCCUUUUCCUGGACAGUUUUGUGGGCAGCUUUUAAGCAAAGCUUGUUCUCAGGACACCAUCUUGACCAAGAACCCACCUUCAGGGCAUACUCUAAUAAUGCAGCCAUCAUCAACUGGAUCCCAAAUCAGUGCUUUCCAAGAGAGACUUGCCUGGGACCUGGUCACAAAUAUAAAUAUGAGAAAAAGAGAGAGAGAAAAGGAACAGUAGCCCAGCAUCCUGGUCAGCAGGCUCAUCUGUGAUUCACCUGUAGACAAAGAGAAAAUAAAAAAUAAAUGUGGACUUUA